AUGCGGAACACUCAUUGCAGGACUGCCCAGCUCCGCGCCAGGGGCUGCCGGUUCCCUGUCGGAGUGAACAGCCUGGAGAGUCUAGGUGGGCUCAGCUAUUUCUCUGAGGAGAGCUCCGACCCCUCCGAGCUUCGGGCCGACGGGGGCAGGAGUGAUGUGCGAACGGGGUCCCCGAAAGACAGCGGGGAGACGGCAGGGCGGGGCCCUCGGCGGAGAUGCGGGGCCGGGUCCCUCGCUCCGGGGCCGGCGCCAGGAAGAGCCCGCCCCGCGGGGAGCGCCCGGCCCGGGAGCUUGUGGGGGCCAGGCGGGCCCGCGAAGGGUCCACGCCGGCCACCCCCGCCUCUCGCGGGGCCCAGCCCCUCCCCUGGCCCAGACCCCAAUCCCAGGCCGUCGGCGCCCCGCCCCGCCCCGCCCCCGCCGGGCUGCGACCCGGCCCAGCUCCCCGCCGGGGCUGCGGGUCCGCUGCCACACCCACCGCGCCCUGCCUCCCCGCGACCCACCCACCCCGCGCCCGGUACCCGCGCCCGCCCGGCCCCGCGAGCGCGGCACAGCGACCCAGCGCGGCGGCGAGCACGACGCUCCCCUCCGGGACCCGCGCCCCGGCUCCGCCGUCCGCCCCGGCUCCGCCGUCCGCCCCGGGCGGCGUGGACCCGGCCGGCAUGGGCCGCCCCCGCGCGCUGCGCUGCCUGUGAGUACCGCCGCCCCCGCCCCGCCCCGCGCCCCGGCGCCGCUCACGUCCGCUUUUGUCUCCGCAGGCUGCUGCACUUGCUACUCCUCGGCCUCCGAGCCCAGGAAGGCCCGGGCGGGGGCCCCGCGCCGGGCAGGGAGCCCGCUCCUCGGCUCCGAGUCGGCCGCGAGCCCCGGGCUGCUCCCCAACAGCAUGUGAGGGAGCAGAGCCUGGUGACGGAUCAGCUCAGCCGCCGCCUCGUCCGGACCUACCAGCUCUACAGCCGCACCAGCGGGAAGCACGUGCAGGUCCUGGCCAACAAGCGCAUCAACGCCUUGGCGGAGGACGGGGACCCCUUCGCAAAGCUCAUCGUGGAGACAGAUACCUUUGGGAGCCGGGUUCGAGUCCGUGGGGCUGAGACAGGUCUCUAUAUUUGCAUGAACAAGAAGGGGAAGCUCAUCGCCAAGAGCAACGGCAAGGGCAAGGACUGUGUGUUCACGGAGAUCGUGCUGGAGAACAACUACACGGCCCUGCAGAACGCCAAGUACGAGGGCUGGUACAUGGCCUUCACCCGCAAGGGCCGGCCCCGCAAGGGCUCCAAGACGCGGCAGCACCAGCGAGAGGUGCACUUCAUGAAGCGGCUGCCCCGCGGCCACCACACCACCGAGCAGAGCCUGCGCUUCGAGUUCCUCAACUACCCGCCCUUCACGCGCAGCCUUCGAGGCAGCCAGAGGACUUGGGCCCCCGAGCCUCGGUAGACGUCCUGUCCCCGGGCAGGAGAGGGACGCUGCAAAGCAGGGCAGGUGCUGGGGACCCCUGAGUUCUAGCUGUUGAUAGCAUUUGCUGUUGGGUUUUAUUGCUGGUUUUUUUUAACAAAAGAGAGGAUCUAUUUUUGUAUUCCACUGGCUGUGGUGUGUGUGUUCUUAGCUCGCAGGAAGGCCGGUUAGGGGCCUGGCGCCCAGGCUUGGGGUGGGCACUGCAGUCGGACCGAGGUGCCCGGGGCAGGCAGCAGCAGGCAGUGGGCCAGGCAAAGGUGGGUCCAUCAGUUCUUUUAGGGAUGGGGGCCAUGCAGGUGGUUGUUACCGGUUAUCAAAUGAUUGAAAUAUUCAACUUAUUUAAAUUAGAAAUGUGAGUUGGAGGGUGAGUCCUACCAGAUGGGGUCACACACACGCAGGCUGCCCAGGGUGGCUGGCAGUGUGUGGCAGGCACAACAGGUCAGGCACCAGCUGACUGCGGCAUCCCUCCAGCCUGACCGGGGACCCUGCCUGUCAGCUGCCCCCGUCACUGUCACUGGAGGGAUUUCCUGGGAGGACAGAGGCAGGAAAGGGGCCAGAGAGGCUCUGAGCUGGUCCUGGAUGCUCCCAGACAGCCGUCAACAGAAGCCACUGUGGACAUUUCCCCCGGCCACGUCGGCCAGAAGUGCUGGGCCAGCACCACUCCAGGGGCCGGGCUCUGGACCCUGUCUUUAAGGAGGAGCCCCUCUCUGUGGUGGCCUUCGAGAGAAGGGCAGAACCGGUUCAGUCUGAGAAUCGGGCUUCCGAAAACAAGAGCAGCUGCCAGGGCCAGGGUGGCGCCGCGUCAGAGGGGACUGCCCGGCCGGGGUGACUGGUGACGAGGCAGCAGUGCUAACUCAGAUCGGGGCCCAGAGCUGUAGGCAGGAGCUCCGGGCUCCAGGAGGAGCCAGGUGCCAGGCAGGCCCUGAAGGGAGGCUCGGGCCAGAACAGAGCUCAAGCCAGGCAGGGCCUGGGGCAGCAGCAGUAGCCGAGUUCCUUGGAAGAGCCACCAGGAGGGACGGCUCUGCAGGAAGGAAG